AAAAACAUUGCAUUUUUUUUGCUGAAAAUGAAGCCCACAAAUAAUUCGACGCUGGAAAUCAUCUCGCCCAAGGUGCGGGUGGACGAUGACUUCAUUGAGACGGACUACGAAUAUCAGACAUCGCAUGUGAAGCGUACCGCCGGCGGACAGCUGCAGGUGCACCCUCAGACGACUGCCCUAAAGAUUCGCACGGGUCGCCAGGUGCCCAAGCUGGGAGUCAUGCUGGUGGGCUGGGGUGGCAACAACGGAUCCACCCUCACUGCCGCCCUUGAGGCCAACCGCCGCCAGCUGAAGUGGCGCAAGCGCACGGGCGUGCAGCAGGCCAACUGGUACGGUUCGAUCACGCAGGCCUCGACCGUGUUCAUUGGCUCGGACGAGACGGGCAGCGAUGUGUUUGCGCCCAUGAAGGAGCUCCUGCCCAUGGUGGAGCCGAACGACAUUGUUGUUGAUGGCUGGGACAUUAGCAAUCUGCACCUGGCGGAUGCCAUGGUGCGUGCCGAGGUCCUCGAUGUGGCCCUGCAGGACCAGCUGUACGAGCAGAUGGCCAAACUUAAGCCCCGUCCAUCGAUCUACGAUCCGGACUUCAUUGCGGCCAACCAGUCGGAUCGGGCCAACAACCUCAUCAAGGGCACUAGACAGGAGCAGUACGAGCAGAUCCGUCGCGACAUCCGCGACUUUAAGCAGCGCAGCGGCGUCGACUCCGUGAUUGUCCUCUGGACGGCCAAUACCGAGCGGUUCUCUGAGGUGCAGCCAGGUCUGAACACCACCAGCCAGGAGCUGCUUGCCUCUCUCAAGGCCAACCAUUCGGAGGUCUCGCCGUCUACCAUCUUUGCCAUGGCCAGCGUAGCCGAGGGUUGCACCUACAUCAACGGCUCGCCGCAAAACACCUUUGUGCCGGGUCUCAUCCAGCUGGCCGAGGAGAAGAACGUAUUCAUUGCCGGCGACGAUUUCAAGUCCGGCCAGACCAAGAUCAAGAGUGUGCUGGUCGACUUCCUGGUGGGUGCCGGCAUCAAGCCAGUUUCCAUUGCCAGCUACAAUCACCUUGGCAACAACGACGGCAAGAACUUGUCUGCUCCCCAGCAGUUCCGCUCCAAGGAGAUAUCCAAGAGCAAUGUGGUGGACGAUAUGGUGGCCUCCAAUAGGCUGCUCUACGGCGCCAACGAGCAUCCCGACCAUGUGGUUGUCAUCAAAUACCUGCCCUAUGUGGGUGACAGCAAGCGGGCCAUGGACGAGUACACCUCCGAGAUCAUGAUGGGUGGCCACAACACUCUGGUAAUCCACAACACCUGCGAGGACUCGCUCCUGGCCACACCCCUCAUUUUGGAUCUGGUUAUUUUGGGCGAGCUGAGUACACGUAUCCAGCUGCGCAGUGCGGAGAAGGAGUCUGCUUCCUGGGUGCCAUUCAAGCCGGUCCUUUCGCUGCUGAGCUAUCUGUGCAAGGCCCCGCUUGUUCCCCAGGGAUCACAAGUGGUCAACUCGCUGUUCCGCCAGCGUGCUGCCAUUGAAAACAUCCUGCGCGGCUGCAUCGGACUCCCGCCAAUUUCCCACAUGACUCUGGAACAGCGCUUCGACUUUGCCACCAUCACGAAUGAGCCGCCCGUGAAGCGGGCCAAGCUACUGGGUCAGCCCUGUGCCGUGGAGUCCUCCACCAACGGAGGUAAGCUGCAUGCCAAUGGGCACAGCAAUGGCACCAAGUUGGCCGCCAACGGAAAUGGCCACUGAAGGGUCACAUCCUCCAUUGAAUCGAUUUGUGUGUUGAAAAGUAUAACCAUACAUAUAUGGUUUUUGAUGGAUGAAUUUGAACUUACUCUUAAGCUAUUAAUAUAUAUACUGUAAACGUUAAACAAAACGGGCUCCUCCGAAUAAAGCCUAAUAUUACUAAAAAUAAA